GGAUGUAGGGGUUUGUUGAAUCAAGAACCCUCCGACUGUCUCCGCAACAAUGAGGCAAGCGCACUGAUUUUACAAGAUUGCAGCUGGAAGUUUUCCGCCGGCGGCAAGCAGAUUUGUGUUGGGGAUGUCAUCGCCGCUUCUAUUGUCUGUUCGAGAUAGUAUUCUAAUUUUCGCUGCCGGUGGCUAAUUAGGGCCGCUCAACCUGGAGACUGAUUUAUGUUGCCAUGUGCUCAAAUUGCCGCCUUUGUGCUCAUCCUGUUAUGAUUAUUUGUUGUCUCAUAGCUUGAGGAAAUUUUCCUUGCCUUUUGUAAAAGGUCUCUCCCUUUGUUGUUACAUCAUCC